GUGAGGGUUAGGGUUAGGGGUUAGGUGAUCGAGGUUGAGGUGAGGUUGGAUAUUCAUUAUGUUUUCAAAGUAUAGAUGACGAGAGGAUUACGUAAGAGAGCGCUUGAGAGAAUUUUUGGUAGACAUUCUGGAGGCGACGCACAUGCCUCUACGUCAGGAGGAGGAGAUGCUACACAUGACUCGCAGCCACAUGACACAUCACGCGGAGAUGCUCCAUAUGACGUGGAGACACAGGCUGAUCCUACACAGCAUGCGGAGAUACCACCACCACCGCAUGCAGAUAUAUUGGAGGAGAGGAGAUUUGAGCCGUAUAGCGUAGCUUUAGAAGCUGCGGCACUACCGCCAGAUUCUAUUACGGAUCAGCGAGUCCACGGUCCGGCCAAGGUGAGGGAUGAUUGGGAUUCUUAUCAUGCUAUGCGCCCCAUCGCGCAGCAAAGGUACCGAGCGACCUCCUAG